AUGGCUACCCCUAGUGUCCUAGCUUUUGACGCUGAGGGUAGGGCCAUUGACUUUGACGUCUUGGUCGACGACCUGCAGCUUUUCUUACAGUGCGAUAGGGCAGACGGCCUCUCCCUCUUUGACCUCACUUCUAGUGCCUCUCCUGCCCCCGCUGCUGAUGCUGACGCCACUAUUCACUCACAGUGGGCCACGCGCGAUGCUGCUGCACGUCUUGCUGUGCGUCGCCACCUGCCUACCUCUGAGCGUGCGCACUUUAGCCAGGGUGUUCCCCCUCCCCUCUUUUGCCCUCUGUUGCCUCUGCUGCUGCGGCCGACCUCGUUGGUCUGGAGUCGGUCGGUGCGGCGUCUACCCCUAGUGGGAAGCGUCGCUCUGGCAAGGGCAAGGGGGGCAGGGGCGCUGGAGGAGCUAGCGGGGGCAGUGGAGGCGGCGGUGGAGGCAGUGGAGGGGGUGGGGGUGGUGGUGGGAGUGGUGGCGGGGGUGAAGGUGUCGGCGGCGGCAUGGAAGGCGGAGGCGGCGGCGGCGGUGGCGGUGGGAGCGGAGGUGGUGGAGGUGGCGGAUGUGGAGGAGGCGGUGGCAGAGGAGGAGGAGGAGGAGGUCGUGGCUCUUUGCAGAGGAGUGGCUCCGGUGGUGGGGUAG